AGGCUUUCAUGGAGGUUCCCACCAGCAACAUUCAUCAGAAUCAACUCAUGGAAGUUUUGGCGCUCCUUUCAGUUCACAGAGACAUGAAAAUACAACUGGUUUCCCUGACAAACAAGAAGGAAGAGGUGGGAGCCAUGGAAGACGAAGGGAGUAUCCUGCAUCAAAAUAUGAAGAAUUUAAAGAGCCUGAUCCAGAGGAACGAUCACAACGGCCAAGAUUGAAUUUGAAGCCCCGCACAGUGAGAGACCCUGUAAAUCAACUUGCAGAUUCUGCUAGAAGAAUGGCUAUAUUUGGACAGGGAAAACCUCGAGAGGAGCGUAACGUGCCAGAUGAUUCUCAGGAGCAGCCUAGCGUACAGGAAAACACUUAGUGGACUAGUAGGAUAAUUAUGGUUUUCUCUAUAUUGUUAUGUUUUUUGAGCAAAGUGAAGGUUUGG